AUGCCUUUUUGUCGGAACAGAAGCAAGCCUAAGACGGUUCGUCAUAAUCAAGUUGCAGUUGCUCCUAUUUAUGACACCAACAAUAACUUUUUAAUGGGCAUACAUUAUUAUGAGAUAAAGGAUUACCCGACAGCAAUGUUGAAAUUUGAAUUAGCUAGCAAAGAGCCAGUUAUUACGAAUGAAGCUGGAGUUGUGACACAUAAUUAUACCCCUGGAUCUUACUUCUAUAUGGGAAAUAUUUUGAUGCAAAAAAAUGACAUAAAGAAGAGUGAUUUUUCUGAAGCAUUAACUUUUUUCCAAAUGUCUAUUGCAGCAGCCGAUGGAGGUCCACAGUAUAACGAUGAUAUUUACAACAUUAUGGGAAACAUUUGCAAGCAUGGUGAUGACACUUAUAGAAAGAAUUAUGAGCACUCCAUAAGCCAUUACAUGAAGGCCCAUGAAACGGGAAAAUUCCCUGAAGCAAGUUUUCGUAUUGGUGAAUUGUGUUUUCUUCUUGGGGAAUUCGAUCGGGCAAAACAUUGGUUUGAAAGAUCAAUUUCUUUAAUGUCGUCAAGAGGCAUAAAUAAAUACAGUAGAUACAUAAAGCGUGCAGAAGGUAGUCUCGCAUCCAUUCUUCUUCAUCAACAAUCAUACAACGAGGCAUAUCAUGCAUUCAAAAGGUUACUGGGAAGAUAUGGUGGAAUUCCUGAAUACAACAUUGGCUUAUUACUUAAAAAGAAUCUGGUCCCGAACUGUAUCAUUUGGCCUCAUGAGAAGUAUUUUAUCGCGUCUGCUGAGCAAGGUUGUAGCUAUGGACAACAUUACUGCGGUCUCAUGAAAGAACAGGAAGGGGGCUAUAGAGAUGCAAUGGAGUUUUAUAAAAAGGCCCUUGCACAAUUUGAUGGUAAAGCAGCAAAUAGCAUUGGAAAUAUUUAUUAUAACGGCAACAGUGAAUAUGAAUCCGACAAGCAUUUGGCACUCGAGUAUUAUAAGAAGGCGAUGAGUUACAACUUUAGCGAAGCGAGGUUCAACGUUGCUUUGACUCUUAGAGAACUUGGCUUAGAUACUCUGUAUGCUCUUACUCUAUAUAAAGAAUACUAUAACGAUGCUAAGUCAUCUAAGCGGUAUGAAGCAUGUUUACAAAUUGGCAAGAUUUACAAAGACUUUAAAGACAACGACCAGUCGAUGAAGUGGUGUCAAAUGGCAGCAGACCAUGGUAUUGCAGAAGCCCAGUUAAUUAUCGGCAAAGCUUUUCUUAACGGUACAUGUUUUGACAGAGUGAAUAACUAUGAUCUAGCGUACAAGUAUCUUAGAAAUGCAGAGAGAAAUGGAUUAAAGGAAGCAACACCUCUAGCCGUUAGUAUAAAAAAGUAUAUUGUUAUGAAAAAGAGACCGCAAGAUGUGAUCCUGUAUAAGGCUGUAGUAGAGAACUACCCUGUAUUUGCAGGAAGAUCUGUUACGUUCUCUUACCGAACAAUUUAA